CUUUGGGCUUCGAGUGAGCAUCGGAGAAAUCAGACAGAUGUUGAGUUGUUCUUCAUCGGCGUUCCAAAGAGUAGCCUUUAUGCUUAUGGCUCCCAAAUUAAAACCUCAGAGACUCCAUCAAAUUGCAGAGAGUGGUGUUGAACAUUUGGUUAAGAAAGCUAGGACGAUGAGUACUGAAUCCUCAAUGAAAGAUGCUUUCUCUACUUACGCUGAUUAUCUCAAUAACUUCAAUGAGAAGCGAGAAAGAGUGGUGAAGGUAAGUCGUGAUAUCACAAUGAACAGCAAAAAAGUUAUCUUUCAGGUUCACAGGUAAUUUCAACACCUCUGUUGUUUUUGUUUGUGUUCAUCAAGAUUUUGUGUGUUUUUGUUGUGUUCUUCAUCAAGAUACUGUUUGUUUGUUUUGUUUACUAUGUUGUUAUAUGGCAGGCUCAGUAAAGACAACAAAGAGGAGGUAUUGGAGAAAGCAGGGAAGGAUUUAGAAGCAGUGAGGGAUCAACAUUUUGCCCGGCUAAUGAAAGAGCUUCAAGGGACUGAUUUUUGGAAGCUGAGACGUGCUUAUUCCCCAGGGGUGCAGGAAUAUGUUGAAGCUGCAACGUUUUAUAAGUUCUGUUUGUCUGGGACGCUAUGUACUCUCGAUGAGAUUAACACAACGCUUGUACCACUUAGUGACCCUUCUUUAGAGCCGUUGCAGAUCAAUAUCCUCGACUAUAUUCUUGGGCUUGCAGAUUUGACGGGAGAGCUAAUGCGGAUGGCAAUUGGUCGCAUAUCAGACGGUGAAAUCGAAUUCGCGCAGAGGAUUUGUCAGUUUGUUCGACAGAUUCAUAGGGAACUAAUGCUAGUUGUGCCAAAGAUGGAUGACAGUUAUGACAUGAAAUCCAAGAUGGAAGUGAUGCUUCAAAGUGUGAUCAAAAUAGAGAACGCUUGCUUUAGCGUUCACGUGAGAGGAUUAGAGUAUAUUCCACUGCUUGGAGAUAAUGCACCAACAUCAUACCUAUUGGGAGCUGCUGAUGUCGAAUGAUUAAAAGUGAGUGGUCUUUUCCGUCUCUCGGACACAUUUUAAAGUUCUUGUUAAGGUUGGUGUGUUUGCGACAAGUAGGAUCGUUUUAGUAUGGACUUAUCUUCAGAGAAUUUUAGCCACUUCUUACUUCUGAGGAACUUUAAAUCUGUAUGCUGCAAGACUUUUAAGAAACAAAUGGUUAGAACUAGAUGUAAAACUUUUCUUUUGUUGAAUGGAAGCUAAUUUAUAAUAGAAUCUAGCAAUUACUUUAUUAUUCAAGUUAAUAAUUUU